AAUCCAAAAUGAGCACUCGAAUGUUCAAACCGAACACAAUGCCGUCACCGUCACUUUACCUCAUUCUCCUACUCUCUCUCUUCUUACUACUUCCACCUCCCCUGCCUGCCCUCCAACCGCUUUCCCUUUCCCCUCCACCUCCGCCACUCUCUCCGUCACCCUCCGCCGCUUGUAAGUUCACUCUUUACCCCAAGCUCUGCCGUUCCAUCCUAUCGGCCUUCCGCUUCUCUCCCUCCAGCCCCUACGAUUACGGCCGCUUCUCCGUCAAGCAGUGCCUCAAGCUAGCCAGGAAGACCUCCUAUCUGAUCGGCCGGUACCUCAACCGCAAUCAACGCUCCACUCUAAGCCACAUAGAGGCCGGUGCGCUAGACGACUGCCGACAGUUGUCCGAUCUCAAUGUGGACUACUUGGUGACCAUCACCACAGAACUGAACUCUGCCGAGUCACUGACGGGCGACCUGGUUGAUCAGGUCCAGACCCUGUUGAGUGCCAUAGUGACGAACCAGCAAACAUGCUUUGAUGGGCUUCAGGCUUCCGGGAGUGCCAUGAUGGGUGCUCUGUAUGCACCCUUAAGUAAUGCCACUCAGUUGUAUAGCGUUUCGCUUGGGUUGGUGACUCAGGCUCUGGCUCGGCGGAAACACCGGGGAAGGAAACGAAAGACGAGCGAGGUGGAGCGGUUUCUGUCCGACGUGAACCGGGUAUGGAGAGCCGGGUACCAAUCCCAAUCCGACCGAGAUUUGCUGCUGUUAGGGACCAAACAGCCUGGGAGGAGUCUUAUCGGUUUUCAGAGUGGUGGCCAGAAUCAAACUUUGGCUGAAAGACUGGGUGAUAGGAUCCUGGUGAACGACACUGCUAUAGUUGCUAAGGACGGAAGCGGGAAUUUCAGUUUGAUCGGCGAUGCAAUUGCAUUUGCWCCAAAUAAUUCCAAGGUUGAAGAUGGCUACUUUGUAAUUUACGUCAAGGAAGGAAUAUACGAGGAGUAUGUGGUUGUAGCCAAAAACAAGAAGAAUAUAAUGUUACUUGGUGAUGGGAUCAACCGCACAGUGGUUACUGGGAAUCGAAGCGUGGUGGAUGGCUGGACAACCUUCAACUCAGCAACAGUUGCUGUUUCUGGGGAGCGAUUUGUUGCCGUAGAUAUGAGCUUCAGGAACACCGCUGGGCCGGAAAAACACCAAGCAGUGGCAGUAAGGAACAAUGCCGACGUCUCCACCUUCUACCGCUGCAGUUUUGAAGGUUACCAAGACACCCUCUACGCACAUAGUCUAAGACAGUUCUACAGGGAAUGCGAUGUUUAUGGAACAGUAGAUUUCAUAUUCGGGAAUGCCGCCGCAGUGUUGCAGAAUUGCAACCUAUAUGCUCGUAAACCCAUGCCCAACCAGAAGAAUGCGUUCACUGCCCAAGGACGGACGGACCCAAAUCAAAACACGGGGAUCUCAAUCCACAAUUGCACUAUUGGAGCUGCUCCAGACUUGGCUGAGGACUUGAACUCAACUAGUAACUUUCUUGGUAGACCCUGGAAAGAGUAUUCACGGACUGUAUACAUGCAGUCUUAUAUUGAUAGCCUCAUCGAUCCCGUGGGUUGGUUGGAAUGGAAUGGAACGGUUGGGUUAAGUACCCUUUUCUAUGGUGAGUUUGAGAAUUAUGGACCAGGUGCUAUUACUAGUAUGAGAGUGCAAUGGCCUGGUUAUAGCUUGAUGAAUGCUUCACAAGCUUGGAAUUUUACGGUUUAUAACUUCACCAUGGGUGAUACUUGGUUACCUUACACAGAUAUACCGUUUAAUGGGGGAUUAUUGUAAUGGCAAACUGGCGAUUAGGAUACAUUAUUCAAAUGUACAAAAUCAAAUGAAAUGUAACUAUUUAUAGGUUUUAUUAACUUAA